AUUCGAUGUAACGAUUGACAGUUAAUGUCAUAUAACAAUACCUCGAUAUACAAAUAUAUCGCAAUGUAGACGAAAUAACGACCGUAAAUAAAACAAUGAGGAACAAAAAGCAGCGGACAAAUGCUAAUUAGUUCCCUCUUUUUCCUGUGCUUGCUUUCACUCAUUUAUGCUUACAUUAACCAUAACCCAGAAUUCACGGCAACAACGUCCGCAAUCCGCCAGAUUUGGUCAGGCAGUUGUCGUCUGUCAUGCCGUCAAAGCCAGUACAGCAGUUUCAGCGGUCUGAGUGGCCUCGACGGGUCCAACACUAUCUCGGCUUCUCCAGGCACCAGCCAUGCGAGAGCCACAACGAUUUGCGUCUGCGAGACCUGUCCUUGUGCUCUCAUUGAUAAUGUACUCAACACCUGCCGCCCUGUUACCGAUGCCUAUUACGGAACAUUAGAAUGCCUCUCCAACUACACCUGCAACAUCAUGCAAAUAAUAAGUGGAUAUACCCAAUAUUUUACUAGCGUAGCGGGUUGUGGAGUGUCCUGCCCAAGACAAGCUCAGUUGUCCGCAUCAAGACAGUUAGAUUCAUCACAGAAUAUAAAUUUUGGGAAUCAAGCAAGGGUAGAGAGAAAAUCUAUGGUAAAGGGAAUAAAGUCACUCAUUCUUCGUCGAAAAUCUACUUCUGGUAACCAAACUGAGGAUCCAGAAAGAAAUGAAGACAUUGAGCCAAGAAAACGAACACUGAGUAUUGUAUCUAAAAAAGAGAGUGUGGAUGACACAACGUCAAUGCCGAACGGCUGUGCUAGAUGCAUCGAAAAAGGUUAUACAUGCAUGAAAAAUUGUCCACGAGCCAAAAAGAACUGAUCUUGUGACUGAAAUAAUCAUGAUUAUUUAAUUAAAAACACCUUUCUAUA